UUUCCUGCUACCCUCGCUACACAUCUGUGUCCACGGUUCGUCAAAUAGCAACUGCGCAUAAACAGGUCCAUAAAAGGUGUUAUCAGCCUCGGUUUCAUGCAUGCGAUAUCUGCGCCUUAGAGGGUAGGGUACCCGUUCCCAGCGACAGAGCGCACACAUCUGCAACGGCACAGACAGCUCGACAGCUAAGUCAUGGGAUGGACACAGUCCAAGGAAAGGCCCCCAACUCCUCCACCACCGACGGAGAAAUGGGGAAAGAUGUGACAUUGGUCUGGACUCCAGAGGGAGAAGUGAACCUUCGCCGUGGCAUAACCCAAGUCACACAGAGAAACGGAAUUGUCGUCAUUUUGUUUGGACAGACUGGAUUUGGUAAAUCCUCUCUUGCAAAUGGAAUUCAAACCGCCAUGAGAGGGAACAGGAACGUCUCGAAUUAUUUUCCUGUGGGAAUUAGAAUUCGAACAAGUGGAAGCUACACUAAAACUUUGCACCGAGACGAUUUCUGCCGUCAGUCAUGUCGAGAAAACUGCACUUGCGAGCCCUACUUUUGGUUGAUUGACAUGCCGGGCGUAUUCAACAAUGACAACAUCACAGAUGACAGCAUUGAGAAGAUUGUUACGGGAGCGGUUCCUUUCUAUGAAGAAAUCAAACCAACGCUAGAAGCUAUGGAUAGCUCCAGCAUCCUUCCACCACAGGACAGGGUCAAGGCGUCGUGUGUAGUUAUUGUCCAAAAGCAGGGGUUACAAUAGCCGAUCACGUAAAGGGAGAGAUAAAUGUGCUGAGAGAACUACAUUCACGAGGAGUUCUGUCGGUUCACGUGAUCCUGACACACCUUGAAGCAGUUGAACCACUCUUGAAGGAUUCCGACAAUAUUCCAUACGUGUUUGGCUCUGAGGAGGUUCGGAAAGCGGUGGAGUAUGCUUCUAAGGAGACAGGGUUGCCUCAAACAUGUAUCAGUGUUGUGAAGAACUAUACAGCAGAAAAGUUCACCAACACCAACACCAGCAUCCUGUACCUACACGCAAUGCACAACAUCCUGCUCGCUGCCAGGGACACGUCUCAGCGGGAUGAAAAAAGGACAAGAUGCGGACAACGCUGUACCAACGGAAUCCACAACCGCAAUGAGCGAGAAGAUAUACUUAAGGCUCCCCAUUUUCUGAUGAGUGAAUUUAGCUCAACGCUGCUUUGAACACUAUUUUAGAGUUAGAGCGACCCUUAUUGCGGAUGGUUGCCUCUUAAUGAAUCAGGGGAAGAUAAUUAUGGAAUUCAAACCGAGAUCCAAAUCCACGUAGAACUGAUUCUAACCUUGUCUUUGUUCAUUCGUUACAGAACGUUAUUGCUUCUGAUGAGCGGAACAGCUCUUUCUGACCUUACGUGUUCUGAUACUCUGAUACAUGAUCAACAUGUUUUACCAAAAUUGGACACCUGCUCUUGAAAACAGGUCACGUCAUAAGUUAUAUACAGAAUAUAAAACUCUUCUUGAGCCAGAGGGAUAUCUGUCUUCCAAUUGGGAAUAUGCAUUAUGUAAAGUAUUGAUCAAAUUCAGAGCUGGUGUCUUUAAAGAAUGACGUAGGAAGGUGGCAAAAUAUUGAAUAACAACUUUACCAAUCUAGCUCGUUUUAUUUCUUAUGCAUAUGAAAUGAGAGUAAAGUUAGAAAAACAGAAAAUAGGUUUUACAAUUCUGAAGAUUCCAGUACAGCUAUACAUAUGUUACUAAUAUAUUGUACUGAGGGUCUAUGCAGGUAGACAGGUAAAUGCUAUACAUUUUGUGAAAUUGUUUCCUUUUUUCGUUCACUAAUACAUGUUUGGAAUAUGUAUAUUAAUAUUUACAUAGGAUUGUGGGCUUCACACGUAAUAAAGAUUUUGACUCUG